GUGUAUUCCGGAAAAGGUUUUUUCAAAGAGACCACGUUUGUCCAACUCUUAAUUUUUUAUGUUUGUAUGGAAAGCUGUUUUGAAUUUGCAAGUUAGGCAAUGCUUUUAUGCUUUUGUUAUAUAUGGCCUAGUUGGGCAAAGUCUUGGAAUGGUCAUACUAGGCCUUACCUUUUGAGAAAAGAAUUAUUGAGACAAACUAAAAGAAUAUCAUUCAAAGUUUCAGCAGUCAACUUUGUAAGAGCCACGGAUGAGAUAACAGUGAAGAAGCCAUAUUCUAUACAAGACCAUAACCGUUCCAACGUCGAAGGAAAACAGAUAACAGGAGUAAUGGAUGAAACAGCGUCGUCCUUCUUUAUGAAUCUUAGACCUAAGAGACUUCUAAUCUGGUUGGGUGCAACAACCUCAUUAUGGUACCUUCGUCCUUUCUUUGGAGUAUUGUUUGGAACUUUUGUAUUGAGUUACGUCGCAAACAGCUUUGUUUCCUGGUCUCAGAAGAUUUCAAAGCAACGAUUUCCAAGAAGAUGGGCUGUUCUAUUUUUCUAUGCAAUGAUAAUAUCAGUUAUAAGCAGUUUUAGUUUAUUGACAGUUCCUCGAGUGAUAAAGGAAGGACAAUAUUUCAUUAGAACUAUCGAGUCUGCGAAUCCUUAUGUGUUUAUUGCAGAUAGCAUUCGAAAAUCAGUUGGAGAUGAUCUCAGUAGUAAAUUGGAGUCACUAUUAAUAGGUCCUUCUGAGUUAUUUUCCAAUGAACUUGAAAAGCCUUUAUACUCUUCAGAAGAAGAGGCAACUACGGAGAGCAAACGAGAUAAGAAGGCAGUCUCUGGCUAUAAGAAAGCUGGAGCCAUUCUUAAUGACAAGGCCUUGGUAGAGAAAAAGCUAUCAGUUUCUAGUACGGAUGCUUGGACAGAAGAAAGGUCGAGAAGACUUGGUAUUCUAUUACAAAAAUCAGUGAAGCAUCAUGUUGCUGCAGCUGUGUCAUUGACCACAAAGAUACUUCGAGAAAGUACUAAAAUACUAUUUAAAGCUUUGGUUUCAUUGGUCUUUUCAUUUCUUAUAGUUUGGGACCUUCCAAAGAUAGCUCGUGGAGUUGGAUCAUUGAAGCGUUCCAAGAUAGGCCCUGCUUUCAUGGAAGUUGCGCCACAUAUUGGUGAGUUUGGAGUUAUAUUUGGAAAGUCAUUUGAAGCACAACUGAUUAUUGCUUUAUCUAAUACAACGUUGACUUCGUUGGGAUUGAUGUUUCUUAGAAUACCUGGCAUAGGCUUCCUUUCCUUUAUUGUACUCAUUUGUUCUUUUAUUCCAGUAGUAGGAGUUUUUAUAUCAACCUUUCCUAUGAUCGUAGUUGCAAUUAGUGAAUACGGUAUUCAAAAGAUGGCUUCAGUCGUUUCUAUGGUCAUUAUUGUUCAUCUCAUCGAAGCCUAUGUGCUUAAUCCACAAAUAUAUUCGGUACAUCUGAAGCUACAACCACUGUUAGUGCUAAUAGUACUUUAUAUUUCAGAACACAUUGCAGGAGUUUCUGGUUUGAUACUUGGAGUUCCGUUAUUAGUAUAUAUCCUUCGAUUGCUCGAAUGUCCACAAGAGGAGGAUUCACACUUUCCUCAAAAUGAGAAAUAAAGAACGGAUUGGGAUUUCAAGUUGGCCAUUGUGAAUCAAACAACACGUUGACGACGACCUUGGAAAGCUUAUCAGAUGACUGUCUCGUUGAAAUAUGCGUACAACUUGUGUUCAGAG